AUGUGCUUUACCCUUGAGGGCGGUGGCAACUCAGAGACGGUCUGCAUUGCAGGACUGCAGGUUGAGACUGCGUCGCAGAGGUUGUCUCUAGCGCUGAUCCUGGUGCUGCAGCUCGUGAGCCCCACGGAGUUUGCGUACCCUGCUGGCUCGACGCUCACGUGGCUGCCGGGCGUCUCCAUCUCCUCGACCUGGGCCCCGGCGUCGAGCCUCCCCUCGACGACAAGCCAGGCCAUGAACGGGAGCGUGCACGACGACCCGCACGUGUGCGCCCUGGACGGCGAGUGCUACGACAUUCGGGCCCCCUCCGAGUACAUCCUGCUCCGCGCACCCUUCAAUACGCAGGAGAGUCACCCGCGCUCAAGCUGA